AUGUCAUCAUUAUUAUCAUCGCCAUCCUCUGUCGACGAACAAGGUAACACGAAGCGACCAUGGACACCGGUCACGGGCGCCUCGGAUGGUAUCAGCCGCCAGCUAGCCGCCGAGCUGGCCACUCACGGUUUCGACAUCGUCGUGCACGGUCGCAACAACGCCAAGCUGGCCACGGUUGAGGGCGAGCUGCGACGCGAGUUCCCAGCACGAGAGUUCCGCUCGCUUGCAGCCGACUUGGGAAAAAUGCCGCGCUUUAACUGCUUCGCGGCCGCUGCACCACCAUCCGGGGGUGCCGUCGACCUGGAUUCCAUCGUCGUACAGCUCCGCGGUCUGCAACUCACGGUCGUGGUGAACACACCCAGCGCGCUCAAUCGUCGCCAAAGUGGCUGUGGCAGGGGCGUUGUGGUCCCGUAUCUUCUUCAUGGGCUACCGGCGGCGAUCGUGGAAUUGUUGUCCGAGUUUGUGAGAGCGAACAUACCCGUCAAGGUAACAAGGAUCUGA